AUGUCGCCAUUACGGGGAGCAAUGCUGCGAUGGCGCCGCCAAGCGGAGAUCCUAUCUACCACCAUAAAACCCAGCGCUAUGCCUGUCAUCAAUGGGUCAACAUUAGCACCUGCGUCGCCGGGCGGUACAGGAACGGAGCCUUCGGUUACAAUGACAACUACUACUCAAGAAUCAACAGCAGAAAAGGUGGCUGCAGAAGUCGCUCAUAAACUAAACAUGGAAACUUGGCAGCUGGUCGCUAUUCUUGUCGGCGUGGGGGUGGUCAUCCUCGGCAUAUGUUUCUGUUGCAUCCGGCGAUGCUUCCGCAAACGGCGUUCGAAGGAUGGCAAGAAGGGAAUGAAAGGUGUAGACUUCAAGUCCGUCCAACUCCUCGGGUCAGCCUAUAAGGAGAAGGUUCAGCCGGACAUGGAGGAGCUUACUGAGAACGCCGAGGAACCGGACGACGGUGACUCGAAGAAAGAGGAACAGAAGUUAGGGAAACUCCAGUACAAGCUGGAGUACGACUUUAAUAGCAACAGUUUGUCGGUUACGGUAAUCCAAGCGGAGGAACUGCCAGCUCUGGACAUGGGUGGGACCUCCGACCCAUACGUCAAAGUGUACCUUCUGCCCGACAAGAAGAAGAAGUUUGAGACCAAAGUCCAUCGUAAAACAUUGAAUCCUGUAUUCAACGAGACUUUUGUCUUUAAGAACGUACCGUACGCCGACGCUAUGAACAAAACACUGGUAUUCGCCAUCUUCGACUUCGAUCGUUUCUCCAAGCACGACCAGAUUGGUGAGGUAAAGGUACCUCUGUGCCAGGUGGAUCUGGCACAAACGAUCGAGGAAUGGCGUGAGCUGCAGAGUGUGGAAGGGGAAGGCGGACAGGACAACAAGUUGGGAGACAUUUGUUUCUCAUUGCGAUAUGUACCCACUGCUGGAAAACUUACUGUUGUUAUUUUGGAAGCAAAGAAUCUGAAGAAGAUGGACGUGGGUGGUCUAUCAGAUCCGUACGUAAAGAUAGCGCUCAUGCAAAACGGCAAACGUCUCAAGAAGAAGAAAACGAGUAUCAAGAAAUGCACACUGAAUCCCUAUUACAACGAGUCAUUUACUUUUGAAGUACCAUUCGAACAAAUACAGAAAGUAAAUCUAGUGAUAUGUUGGCUAGUCCUCGGCGCCCCAUCGCGCAAUGGCAUACCCUCAAAGAUCCCGAUGAUGGAGAGAAGAAGGACUAAGAAGAAUAAUAAGAUCCCAGAAGCAACAACCAGCCGCAGAUGUGGAACCGCGGAGUCGAAGUAUAUA